AUUGACUAGAUAUGGAUACCUAUAGACCAAAAGUUAUCAUUAUGCUGCUUAUCGGUCUUACAGGAGUACUAGCAGGGUGGUGGAGUGAUAUGAAGGCAUUAUAAACAUCGAUGAAAACAACUCAUGGAAAACUAUAGAGUCUAAAACUCUAUCCACACAUUAUGUAGUCGAGUUCUUUAGCGAGAACUGUGGGUGGUGUCAGAAAUGGAAGCCAGAUUGGGAUAAGAUGGUUGAUAAAUUUAAUUCAGAUACUGACAUCAUGAUCUCCUCUAUAAAUGCUAAUAAAAGUCCUAAACUAGCAGAUAAAUUUGGAAUUCAUGCCUUUCCAACCAUUGUUUAUUUCGUGCCAGGAAAAAGCAUGUACAAGUACAAAUAUGAAGGCCAAAGGACAUUUGAAAACGUCAAAAAAUGGAUUGAGGAAUGUAGAAAAAGAGAAGAUGGCCAGUCCCAAAUUGGAUCAAGCAAGGAAGACCAAAAGAAGUUCCAAGAGAAAUUAGCAAAUUUUGAAGAGACUCUUGAAAAUGGCAAGAAUAUUGGAAAGAAUGAUGUCCUUUUGCUAGUUAAAGGCCUCAAACAAGUAGUUGAUGAUCAGCAGAAAUAUAUUGAGAGAUUGACUGAGAAUUUAAAGAAAGUAAAGGAAUUAGCAAAAGAUUCGAGGAAGAAUAAAUCAAGCAAUGAGACAAACUACUUUUCACAUAUUCUUACCGUGCUAGUAAUCACAGUGUGAAUUGUAGGAGUUAUUCUAUUUAUCUCCUCUGGAAAAGGUGACGAUACUCCUGAAGCAAGAAGGAAAAUUAAAAAGAAGGUUGAUGAUGACGACCUACCUCCUUCACUUGAUUCAACAAACGGGUAUGAUGAAGAGGAUCUAGAUGGAGAGGCGAGGACAAGACUAAGACAUCAGUGGUAAAGCUCAUAAUGAUAAUUCAAUAUUUGUA